CGCCCGUCAUCUGGGCGCGAAUAGAGCCAGAGCCCCUAGUCCUUUGCUCGCCCGCUUUCUCGAUCACUCCCUCCCUUCCUCCCUCCCUUCCUCCCGCGGCCGCGGCGGCGCUGGGGAAACGGCGAAGAGGAGUGGCCCUGCCCUGGAAGAAUGCGACUCUGCCGAGGGGGCAGAACCCGAGGCGGUCUCCCCAAGGUUUGAGCCCAGGAGACCCAGUCCCACCGGUGGUGGUCCCGCGCCAGAGCAGCUGGAGGCUCUGAGCCAUCUGCCCACGGGGGCCUUCGGGCCCGGGCUUCGACAUGCCGGAGGAGCCCCGGCCGCGGCCUCCGCCCUCGGGCCUCGCGGGUCUCCUGUUUCUGGCAUUGUGCAGUCGGGCCCUAAGCAAUGAGAUUCUGGGCCUGAAGCUGCCGGGCGAGCCGCCACUGACUGCCAACACCGUGUGCUUGACGCUGUCGGGCCUGAGCAAGCGGCAGCUAGGCCUGUGCCUGCGCAGCCCCGACGUGACGGCGUCCGCACUUCAGGGCCUGCACAUCGCGGUCCACGAAUGUCAGCACCAGCUGCGCGACCAGCGCUGGAACUGCUCGGCGCUCGAGGGCGGCGGCCGCCUGCCGCACCACAGCGCCAUCCUCAAGCGCGGUUUCCGUGAGAGUGCUUUUUCCUUCUCCAUGCUGGCUGCUGGGGUCAUGCAUGCGGUGGCCACGGCCUGCAGCCUGGGCAAGCUGGGGAGCUGUGGCUGUGGCUGGAAGGGCAACGGUGAGCAGGACCGGCUGAGGGCCAAACUGCUGCAGCUGCAGGCGCUGUCCAGGGGCAAGAGCUUCCCCCACCCCCUGCCCAGCCCAGGCACUGGCUCAAGCCCUGGCCCUGGCCCCCAGGACACAUGGGAAUGGGGUGGCUGUAACCAUGACAUGGACUUUGGAGAGAAGUUCUCUCGGGAUUUCUUGGAUUCCAGGGAAGCUCCCCGGGACAUCCAGGCACGAAUGCGGAUCCACAACAACAGGGUGGGACGCCAGGUGGUAACUGAAAAUCUGAAGCGGAAAUGUAAGUGCCAUGGCACGUCAGGCAGCUGCCAGUUCAAGACAUGCUGGAGGGCUGCUCCAGAGUUCCGGACAGUGGGGGCAGCUUUGAGAGAGCGACUGGGUCAGGCCAUCUUCAUCGAUACCCACAACCGCAACUCUGGAGCCUUCCAACCCCGCCUGCGUCCCCGUCGCCUCUCAGGAGAGCUGGUCUACUUUGAGAAGUCUCCUGACUUCUGUGAGCGAGACCCCACCGUGGGCUCCCCAGGCACUCAGGGCCGGGCCUGCAACAAGACCAGCCGCUUGCUGGAUGGCUGUGGAAGCCUGUGCUGUGGCCGUGGGCACAAUGUGCUCCGGCAGACACGAGUUGAGCGCUGUCAUUGUCGCUUCCAUUGGUGCUGCUACGUGCUGUGUGAUGAGUGCAAGGUCACAGAGUGGGUUAAUGUGUGUAAGUGAGGGUCAGCCUCACCGCAGAGCUGGGGAAGGGGAGGGUCACUUUUUCAGCCCUUUGCUCUGAUUUCUGUCCAGGUCAGUCUUGGCCCCUGGAAACUCAAAGUAUCUACCUGGAAAUAGCUUUGGGGUUGGUGCAGAUCAGGUGGAGUCUGUGAUGUGUGGCCUUCUCCCCCACAGUAGGCCGGCCUUGGGAGAAGUUGUCACCUGUCUUCUGCUCUUUAAACACCUGAAUUGGCAAAGAUGAAAUGCACUGUAUUGCCCCCCUCCACCACCCAAAGGUCCCUUUAAAUCUGAUGCAUACUUCUUUGGGCUGGCAGUCCCUAGAGUUUGACCACUCUUCUCCUCUGAGGGAUAGCCCCAGGCAUUGUGUGAACCUAAGGCCUAUAUUCAGAAAGUGAGCACUCACUUGUAUUUGCUGUUUCCAAACUCCACUGCUGCAGCCUGGGCCCAUUUUGUGGGGUAUUGGAAGACAGUGAAGAGAGAUUUUUCUUAGGGAAGGGACAGAGUGCUGGGGGGUGCUUUCUCCUGAGACAGUUGUCUGCCUAGGCCCUUAGGGAGGCUGUCUCCCCACAUUCAGAUGUUAAGGGGACCCUCCAAAGGUAGAGAUUUACCUAGAACUCUGAGCCUCUUUUUCAUUCUUUAGUAGUAGAUGUGGGAAUGGAUAAUUUAUUGUACUGAGACUUGUUCUUGGUUCUUGUUUGUAACUAAAAUAAAUUAAGUUACUGGACCAGUGGAUGCAGAUGGUGAUAUUUCUGCCCACACUUCGGAUCCCAGUCCAUGGCUUCUUUUUCAGGUUAAUCUCCUACCCUCCUACACAAUGAUUUUAUUUAUGUAUAUCCUGCCUGGUUCCACAAAGGAUUUAAAAUGGUCCUCAGUGACUUAGCUGGUAACUUUUAGUGUGAAAAACCAAGAGAGACUUCAAGGAGUGAGGGUCUAGAGAUGCAAACAUAGGCCUUAUUUACUAUGUGCCUCAGCUCCAGAUUUUGCCUUGGUGGCUGCUCUAGAACAAUGGUUGGCAAUCCUCCCUCCCCACCCCACCCCCGUGCCCUCCCCCAAAGGGUUUGACAGUGAAUAUAUUAGGUUUUUUGGCUUUGUCACAACUACUCAUCUUUGCCUUAAUUACUCAACUCUGCUGUUGUCGAUCAAAAGCAGCCAUAGGCCGUGCAUAAAUGGAUAGGCGUGGCUUUGUCCAAUAAAACUGAAUUUGCAGA